UGUUACUCCUCCCCCACGCUCCCACCUGGCCCGAAGUCUAAAGCGGAGAUUACAAAAGCCCCUCGGCCUCACCUUUCCUCCUUCCCCCCCCUCAACUCCAUUUCUCUUUCUCUUUGGCUUCCCAAAAAAGCUCUCUCCAUUGUUUUCUUUGCUUCCCUUUCGGAUCGAAUCAAUGUGGCUAACUCGAACCAACCCAAAUCUAAGGCUUCCUGCUAAUUUCUCCUUCAAAGACAUCCACGCCCUAUUCGCCGACGACCCGACCCGCCUGAAUCACCCGCCCCACUUCACCAACCGCUGCAUCUUUCACCGGUCCCGCAGCGCCAGCGCCUCCCUCCGCGCCCUGUCGCCUCCGCCCGAACCGGCACCCGCUUCUCAGCCGGAGCCGCCGAUCUCCCUCCCCGGAUCCGAGAGGCUGAUCGUGGUCUACUCCACCAGCCUCCGCGUGGUCCGCCGGACCUUCGACGACUGCAGGGAUGUCAUGUCGAUCCUGAGAAGCUACCGCGUCUCGAUUGACGAGCGAGAUCUGUCCGCGGACGCCAGGCUCGUGGAGGAGCUGCAGGGGGUUCUAGGUGGAAAGACGAAACUGACCUUGCCGCAGGUAUUCAUCGGUGGGAGGUACAUUGGCGGCGCGGCGGAGAUCAAACAGCUUCACGAGGCCGGAGAGCUCAAGAAGUGCGUGGAAGCUGUAUCUUUAGGGUUUAGUCUCAAUAUUUUUUAAAAAAAUCUUAUCCAACUCUAACUUUUUUUUUUAAUAUUAGUACUUUUUUAAUGCAAUAUUGUUGUAUAUUUAAGGUUAAAAUGUACAAGUAUUAUUAAACUGGUGGCGUUAUAUUGCCACUCACUUUGAAUAUUAACGUAUAACAUUGGCUAAUAGUUGUUAGUUGCUAGUUGUAUAAGAUUAUAUAUAUAACAUGUUACAAUUUUUUUUAAGAUAAAUCCAAUUAAACUAUUUUGUAAUAG